UUUUACGCCAACGGAUCUGAAAAUAAAGUUAAACGUGUCCUAACGGUUUUUAACGGUCGGUUUGAGCAGCCGUUAAAAACAGCAGAGAACAGAGAGGUGGAAAUAAAGCGUGUGAUACAGCAGGACCGUGUUUGACAAAAAUAGUAAAGUGGUAGUGUCUUUUGUAACAAAAUGUGCUCCUGUACACCCACCAGCAGCUCCGUCUCUCAUCAGCUGUUGGAGGAUGUUGCCUCGGAGGCAGAUAUGAUGUAAUCCAAAGCUCCAGUCCCGACCAGCAGAGAGAGGGAGAGACAGCAGGAUAACAGCCGCACCAUACGGAUGGAUCUCUGCUGCUUUGGCACUUUGUGAAACACAUCUGAAAAACCCUUCAUCGGAGCGGAUCGACUCAGCGGUUCCCUGGUUGUUAAAGGAGUCAUGUCGCGGAGGUUUUGCCCCUCCAGACGAAGAGGAUGCUGGAUGCGGACCAGCAGUAGGAGCAGCACCGGCCGGGGAUGCUGCUGCUGCUGGUGAACUUGGCUCCCCCUCCACAUCAGCUGUAAUUAACCACCAUGGCUCAGGAGUCCUCUCCCGCAGCUGCUCCGACAUCGUCUGUGUGAACAUGGCCCGCACUCCGCCUCCAUCGUCGACAUCGGUCCGCCCUAGCUGUCGCCUUUUCGCCCGUGCUGACAGGAGGGCGCCCGCUUCAGAUCUCCACACUUGCAGGCCCUUUGUGUCCGCUGCUCUGGAUCACAUUAUCACCUAUGAUAGGAGCAUCUGAGCUGCUGUGGGUGCUUGCAUUCUGCAAAUUCACCUCUUACCAGCAUCGAUUUUUCUCUUACAACAGAUAUUUUUGCAGGAAAUGGGCCGCGUCCACUGGUGCACCUGCCCUGCUGGGGUCUGAGUUUGAUGCUUUCCUGACCCUGCAUGCCACUAUGGCUCUGUGACUAAGCUAUACUCUUUCUUUUGGGACAUUUUCCUGGCUUUGCUCGCCUCUGCACAGCUCCAUGCAGUAGUUGCCCUGCGGGGGGAAUGAGCAGCCUCCAUCCCUCCAGCAGACGCCUGCCCGCCGCUGCUGCUGCUGUCCACCGUGUGGCCCUGUGACUUCACACGGGUGUGGAGGUCCUGACAACCAUAAAACGUGGAGGGUGGGGACGUUUGCCUUUCCAGCUCAGGUUUAAACCAUGGCCAAUGAACCUGUCAUCCUUAACGUGUAUGAUAUGUACUGGAUAAACGAAUACACUUCCAAUCUGGGGAUUGGAGUCUUCCACUCAGGCAUUGAGAUUUAUGGCAGAGAGUUUGCAUACGGGGGCCACCCGUACCCUUUCAGCGGCAUCUUUGAAAUCAAUCCCGGGAACGCCGCUGAACUGGGAGAGACAUUCAAAUUCAAGGAGGCCAUUGUUUUGGGUACGACAGACUUCACAGAGGAGGACAUAGAUAAAAUCAUGGAGGAGCUGGGUAAAGAGUUUAAAGGCAACGCCUACCAUCUAAUGCACAAGAACUGCAACCACUUCUCCUCCUCGCUGUCUGAGUUGCUGUGUGGACGGGAAAUCCCUCGCUGGGUCAACAGACUGGCGUACUUCAGCUCCUGCAUCCCUUUCCUGCAGAGCUGCCUACCCAAGGAGUGGUUAACCCCGGCCGCCCUGCAGAGCCACAUCAGCCUCGGCCUCCACAAAGAGGAACACAACGAGUCCAGUGACGAGGACCCUUCGUCACCGCCCGGAGCGGCCGCCACCGGCUCCUCCCACAGCUGUCGCCACACGAGGGUGUGAACUGCCCAAAAUACACUGACCUCUGGACCUCCCUGCCAUCUCUGCUAGUGGCUCAAGUGGCAUUAGUAGGCUUGAACAACCAGCUGACCUCAUACUGUUUGUCCUCUGAGUAAAGAGGCAGGAAAAGAAGACUUCACCUCUUCAUGAAACGAGCUGCUGCCAGAGACUUCAGACCUACAGAGACCCUGCCCGUCCUUUCUACAGACGUCAGGACGACGAACUUUGACGUGAGCGCUGAAGUGUGGCUCAGACUCCAUAACAACCACUUGUAGAUCUGAAGUUUGUAGUACAUUAUUAUUAGUCUUUUCCAUGAACUUUUAAACCUUUGUCAGCCUUGUUCCCUGCCCUGCCUUCAGAGCUGCUUUUGUAGAAUAACUAGACACCUGAGGCUACUUAUAGUGACGUUACCAGGAAAACCGCUAACCCGCUCAACUUCAACAAGUUCUCGUUCAAUAACCUCUCUGUGGCCUUCAGUUGAUAUCAUUGACUCUGCUUCAUUGUGUGGAACUGCAGUAGUUAACUCUGGCCAUUUUAGAGGGUUUAAAGAGGAUUUGAUUGUUCCUCGAGUUCAGUCCGAACUCGUAAAAAUGUUGCAUGUCGAAAGAACAGAAGCUAAGCUGAGACUCCACACUUCUUAUCAAUCAAGUAUUCCUCCUCCUUUUCCUUUUGUAAAACAACCGAUCCAACCUGGGACUCGUCUUAAACCGUAAACUGGCUGCCAGCAUAACCAGUUCCUAACAAACAAUCAAGGGCAAAUACUGUUCAGUUUAAAUAGUCGCUGUUCAUACAGCUGCCGGCAGCCCACUCACAAUCUGUGAACAUCUCAGAGACACAAACACAAAGAAAGCAAAGCUGCUACACUGACAAUUAUUGACUUUGUGACCCACUACAGUUUUUGUCUACGCUUUUAUAUCCAAAUGGUCUUUAUAUGAUAAUGGUGCGAUAACUUCCAGGCUUGGAAAUGUACAUUUACACCCGGAGAAUGUUCCUCUGUGAUACUGGUCUUAUCACCUUUUUCAACAUUUAAACCAAUCACGACUGAGCAGCCAUGAGAAAGGAAAGCAGAAAAUCAGUAUUCUCCUUUACAGUACAGUCCUUAAAGCAAUAGUUUCUACAUUUUGGGAAAUAUACUUAUUUGCUUUCUUGCAGAAAGUUAGAUAAAAAGAUCAGUACCAUUUUAACAACCACAGGAUAGGUCGAUUUCCACUGACUUCAAAAACAACAUAUAUGACGUCCCAAUGGUUCCGGCUUUAAACGUACUUAACAUUAUGAAACGAUCACAGUUGCGCUAUGAAACAAUGUUAGGUGGGUUUAGGCAACAAAGCUAUAUGAUUAGGUGUGGAAAAACCGUCAUGGUAUAGCUUUGAAUAAGUACUUUUGUCACGUCACAUAUGUCACUAGCGUAGUUUGCUACCCCCAUACUGGCAUAAUAUGCUACGUCGUCAUUAAAAGAAGUCAGCGCUGAUUCCUGGUUGAAAGUCCUGUGCUUGUUUGACCAAUCCGCCACCAAUCCCGUCUACGCUACAGGAACUUCCUCUUUUUUUUCACAAGACUACACAGACUUUGAGGCUUUUUAUGCUACGUCACCUUACUUACACCUCCAUUCCCGUAAUAAUAAUUACUACAGCCACUAGAGGGCGCCAUCUUACAAUAAACUUAACUAAUGCUGCAAUUAUGUUCUUCUCAGAUGGUCCCAUUUCCAGAGUUGGCAAGACGUUCUUCCGAAUUUGGUUAUUCACGAGUCUAAAGCCCAGUUCAAAGCAAAGAUUCACAAAGAGACGAAACCAUUUUAGAACAUUUCACAGAAAAGUUGCGGCGGUGUGAACCAGCUGUCUGAACUCGACUAAAGUCGGCUGAUGGUGUCACCUGCAACUCAACUGGUCAAAUCACUGGCAAGUGGUUUUAGAACGUAAGGAUCGUCACCGCUUUCAACAGCCAAUUGGCUUGCUACAUUCUCUUUGACUGAUUAAUUAACACUGGUUAUUUAUAUUAUUGUGGCAUAUUUAUCAUGGAUACAGUCCAUCUGAUGCUCGUUUUGUUUCUGUUUUUC